ACGGGAAUGGGCAAGCACAUCGAGCACUACCAUCGCACAGUCACCUUUGAUUCGGUUCUCGGCGGAGCUGAAGAUGUCCUGGGCGACCUCGGUCCGUGUUUUGCUUCUCGUUUUCAAUCCUCUUAUCAUCCAUUCAAUUAUAGGUGUCCGGCAAGCAAUGCGGAAAAUGCCCAAGAACGCCCGUCUAUGAGUUUCCCGCCGUCGGAGUCGGGCCCUAUAUAUAGC